AUGGCAGAGGUUGGCUCUUUCGUGCCAGCUUCCGUGUUGUGCACUGUCAGUGUGGCGAGGUACAUCCUCUAUGCCUUGUCCUCUGCAAUUUCACUUGUGUUCUGUCUACCCACAGAUGCUGCUGUGGAGCCCAAAUCUCACCCAGCGCUCCUCACCAAGAAGCAGAUGGGUGAGGAAGAGGAGAGGCUGACCACGGAGCUGCAGCUGAUGAGCAGCCAAAGAAAUGAGCUGCAAGGUUGCCUGAGCCUCAUCAGCGAGGGAACCGUGGACAACAGGCCAUACUACAAGUCAAAUAAUUCCUAUGAAGAGCUAAAAUUGGAUCAUACAGAGAUAAUGUCAGAACUGAACACCUUGGAGAUUGAUUUCACCAAAGCAUCAAAGAAGUUCAGUGAGCUGAGAAAGGAGACAAUAUUCUAUCCGGGUUACAGGAGGAGGCUAGCAGGGACUUACUAUGCAGAGUGUGUCUCCAGUGGUCUGCACAGUCAGCUCCUGAUGGAAAAGACUCAGCUGAAGAAGAAGGUUGUCAUACUGAAGCAGGAGAAAAAGAAACUGCUGGAUGAUUGGGCCCUGCUGAAGCAUCACUUGAAGGACAUGAAUGUGAUUUGUAAUGACCAAGAAGAAAAGACCAGUGACCUCAAAACCCAGCAACAAGAGGAGUUCAAGAGAUUGGAGGAAAGCCUUCAGUUCCUGCAGAAGCAGAAGGAAAUGGUCACGCAGGAAAAGGACUUGGCAGAAAAGCUGCAGCAUGAUUUUGAGGUCUCCCAGAUGAGGUUCAAAAAUCUUCAGGCUGAGCUUGAACAGGCCACAGCCCAGGAUGAGAACCAACUGCGGAAGGAGCUGGUACAGCAAGAGCCAUCUGUUGCCCCCCAUUCCCAGCAGCUACUGAAUUCCGGGGAUGUAUUUUCUUCCUCAAGUUUAGCAUCUUUUGUGUAAUAGGCCCCGAUUAUGCCUAGCCAGUGACCCAGCAUAGCUGCUUCUGGGCCUUGACACACAUUCAUUCUUGGCAACGCUUUAGUAAGAACUGAGGAAGCCAAGGGAAGUCAUGGACAACAUGUCAUUCUCCCUCCUAGGAUCUAGGCCUCCUCAGAAACGGAUGCCCCUCUGUGGCUAUGAACUCAGAAGAGGGAAAAUACCUCACCCUUGGGGAGGAGGGGACAUGCAAAGCACCAAAGAAAAAUCACUGUAUGCAUCUUGACAAUGUUGUAACAAUUGGUGACUGUCUUCCUACUGUGUCUCCAAGGCAAGCCACAGGUUGUA